ACGGAGUGAGAGAUGAAGCUGGGAGCCGACUGAAAGAUGUGAUGCAGUUUAGUAUAUAGUUCUGCAAAGUGACACACGCAGGACUGUUCUGUAGCUGUGCCUGAGCAGACACUACACAGCAGCAAGUGGAUGUAUCUCUGGUGGACUGUAUAUGCAGUGUGAAAGAAAGCGGUUCUUGGUUUAGUAUUCCAUGCUGUACCUUAGCAAUUAAAAAAACAAAACAAAAAAAACAACCUGCAAGCCAGCUGCGUAAAAGCAACAGCAUACAGCCUGUGCACUGACUGGGACAUACCCAUUAACAGGACCAGACGUCAUUUUACAGUCAAACAUCUGAUCCAGUCACACUGGUUGCCAGCCACCAUGACAUAACUUGCAGUGGUUUAUGGCUCAUUGGACGUCGAGGUUAGUUGUUUCCAUUCAUCUGCCAGGUGACUUUAGCAAGACUUCAUUCUGAAACCUUUGAAUAUGCCAGAAAGUCACAAUGAACUUGAACUACAACAGCACAGCACCCAGCUUGAUUUUAACAGCCAGCUCCUCUAGGAUCAGAGACUACAAGGACACAGAGCUUCUCCAGGAAACCAGAUGGCAGGACCACUUUGAUCUGCUAGAUAAUGACUCAGACCUUCCACCCUCAUAUAAUGUCACCCAGCCACAAGCACCAGCCUAUGACCCCCUCGGAGGGCAUGCAGUUUGGCAAGUUAUCCUGAUUGUGUUGUUCACUGGCAGCUUAUCCCUGGUCACCAUCAUCGGUAACAUCCUGGUUUUGGUGUCGUUCAAGGUGAAUAAGCAAUUGAAGACGGUCAAUAAUUAUUUUCUGCUUAGUCUUGCUUGUGCAGAUUUGAUCAUUGGAGUCAUUUCAAUGAACCUUUAUACUACCUAUAUAAUCAUGGAUCAGUGGGCCUUGGGGAACUUAGCAUGUGACCUGUGGCUUGCCAUUGACUAUGUAGCUAGCAAUGCCUCAGUCAUGAACCUGUUAGUCAUAAGUUUUGAUAGAUACUUUUCUGUUACCAGACCACUCACUUAUCGAGCCAAGAGGACAACCAAAAGGGCCGGAAUAAUGAUUGGCCUGGCCUGGUCUAUCUCUUUUGUUCUGUGGGCACCAGCCAUCUUAUUUUGGCAAUAUUUUGUUGGAAAGCGCACCGUGCCUCGUAAUGAAUGCUUCAUCCAGUUCCUCUCAGAGCCUAUCAUCACUUUUUGUACUGCCAUAGCUGCAUUUUACCUGCCUGUUACCAUCAUGACCAUAUUGUAUUGGAGAAUCUACAAGGAAACGGAGAAGCGCACCAAAGAACUGGCCGGGCUGCAGGCUUCUGGCCGGGAUUCAGAGACAACACAAUUUGUCCUCCAGACUGGCAGCUCACGGAGCUGCAGCAGUUAUGAGUUAACACAACCGGCUGUGAAGAAGCCAGCUGGAAGGAAGCGAGGUCGCUGCUACUUCUUGCCAAUGAUGAAGUCAUGGAAACCCAGUGCUGAAGGAGACCAGGAUCACAGCAGUAGUGAUAGUUGGAACAACAACGACGCUGCUGCCUCCCUGGAUCAAUCUGAUUCCUCAGAUGAAGAAGAAAUACCUGCGACCCGAGCCAUUUACUCCAUCGUGUUAAAUCUACCUGGCCUCAAGACCGCAGUAAACUCCCAAUUGGCCGCGUCUGACCACUUGGAUAUGUCUGAAGAUGACCACCAUAGAGUAAACGUGAACAGCAAGGACAGGGUACCCAAGAAAGAGAAGAAUGAUAAGGAGGACAACAGCUACCACCAGUGCUUCUCCAAGACACCAGUUCAGUCAAUGCCAACAAUAGAAACACCCAAGACCUCAGAUGCAGUUUCCCCAGCGACUAAGUCUGCAUCGAUGCCUUUAACCUUCAAGGACACAGCGUUGGCAAAAAGUUUUGCAUCAAAAGCCAGAACACAGAUCACAAAACGGAAACGAAUGUCACUUGUGAAAGAGAAAAAGGCUGCACAGACUCUUAGUGCAAUCCUUUUUGCCUUUAUCAUCACAUGGACACCAUACAACAUUAUGGUGUUAGUGAACACUUUUUGUGACGAAUGCAUCCCCAAAACCUUAUGGGACUUGGGCUACUGGUUAUGCUACGUGAACAGCACGGUGAACCCCAUGUGUUAUGCACUGUGCAAUAAAACGUUCCGAACCACUUUUAAAACAUUACUGUUGUGCCAGUGGGAGAAAAGAAAGCGUCGCAAGCAGCAGUACCAGCAAAGGCAAUCUGUUGUUUUCCGUAAAAUAAUUCCUCUGGAUUCCUCCUAAUGGUUCUGUAUAUAUUCCAGGUUGUAUUGUAUGUGAGUACUAGUUCCAUGAUGAUGUUUCUAAGUACAGUGCGGGCUCUUUCUAACGCAGAGAAGCUGCUAUUAAGCAAAUUCUUCUUUUCAACCAUAUUUUAAGACCUAGCAGUAACUGUUUCUUUCGGGAUGAAACGCAAAGCAAAGGUAAUGAUGGACACAUAUAACUUAGGAACUAAAGUAAAAAGGGCUUUGGAAAUUUGAAAAUACAAACGUGCCAUUUUAUUAAACUUGGUAUUAGAUUCCCCCAGUGUUGGAGUAAGACAUGGUAACAUCAGUGUAACCCUUAUAUAGUUGGCAAAUACAUCAUCAGCACUGGACUAGCAACUGUGGGUACUGUAUUUGUUUGUCACAGUUUCUGAAGAUUGUAUUGAUGUUCAUUAGCUUUUUUUCAGUGGUUUGAGUCUUCUAUGAAAGUAGUGUCUUUAGAUACCCAGAUGAACUUCCAUUGAUCAAAUAUUGAGCCAACUGUCCAAUGCAGACUUUAAAAAAAAAAAUCAUCCUAUGUUCUAACUGUUUGCAAAUAUUAUAAUUCUGGUGAUCCCGAAACUGCUUUUGUAAGGGAUGUCCAGUUUAUCAGUGUUGUGAACACAGAGCUGGUGUAAAAGCUGCUUUUGUAUUCAAUGUGGAUGGUGUUUACAUGUUUUAGACCAAAAGUGCAAGUAUUUUAAAUGGUGUCUGUGUACCUGAAGUGUAUAUUUUUUAUGCUUUAUGUUUAUAUAAAAUAUUUAUACAUACUUUGCAUAAUGUUUAUUUGAAACUUAUCGAUAUUACACUCCGUUUUUUCACAAUGCAGCAUCCUUGGGUAUGCCUGAAAUAGAUUCAAAUCCUCAAAUGAAAACCCCUUCCUAGAAUUCUUAAACAGAUCACCUGAUAUUGCAAAUUAUAAAUCCACUAUAAGAAAUCAACCAAUUACAGCUAUGGAUUUUCCAAAAUUCCAGGACUGUGUACAGAUGUCAUCCCGUACAUAGAAUGUACAGCACAAUUCAAGAUAAAAAAAAAAAAAAGUUAACACAUUGUGUACUGUAUAUGUUGUAUCUUUAAUAAAUUAACACAUUGUGUACUGUAUAUGUUGUAUCUUUAAUAAGUUAACACAUUGUGUACUGUAGAUGUUGUAUCUUUAAUAAGUUAACACAUUGUGUACUGUAGAUGUUCUAUCUUUAUAUUAGAAAUGUCUUUUUUUCACAGAUUAUGAUUCUCUUGCUCAAACUGCAAACGAUUGCAUAUCUUAUGACAUCUCUUAUAAGCCAGUGAUAAACCUGAAGUUCUAAUAGAAUACAAGCCCCUUGUUAUUGUGGCUCAGUAAAAUGUCUGCAUUUCUCAAUGUUACAUUGGGCUUUUGUGUUAAACAGUGAGUUGCUCUUCCUCUGUAAAAAAGCUACUGUUGAUCAACAAGGACCUCUGCUGGAAAGCACCUGCAAGUGACAUGAAAACCUGCAUCUGCUUCUCCUCUCUCUAAACUGAGCAGAAGCAGCACAUUAGGCUCCAUCCCUAAACUCUGCCCAGUGUAACCCUGAACACAUCAUGUGUAACUCCAACUUCAGUUUUAGUAUGAUGAGGUCCACAUCCUUCCAGGUCCACUAGAGCAAACGAAUCAGUGCACUUCUGCUAUGAAUUAACCCAAAAUAUACUUUCAAAUGGGCCAUGCAUGUGUAGCUGUGGACAGGGAAUUUAGAAAUAACAGCUGCUUACAGAUUGACCUUCCAUGAGUUUUUUAAUCUCCACGCAGUGCAAGGAUCCUAAAGGGUGCUGCUCACUAAAAAUUAAAACAAUAUUAUGUUUACCCUAAAAAACAUAAUGUGUUUGAUUUAUUUUUGCAACCAAGAACUCCAAAGCCGAUUUUCCAUCUGCAGCUUUAAAUUGAUAAUUCAGUAUUAAACCUGGUCAGUCACUGCUUCCAUCUGCAGUCUACACUCUAAUCUGGAUCUGCAACCUACCUCCAGUAUUCCCAGAUGGUAAAAUUAAUUGACAGCCCUCCAUCCUACUGUACUUGUCCUAGGUUUAACACCUGACCAUUACAUUAUUAGUUUAUUUGGUACUUUCCUUCCUUUAGAACAAACUGGAGACAGGGCUGCCUAAGUCCCAAUUAAAAGCAGUUUGAUUUUGGUGUGUUUGAGAUGGAAACAGACAGGACUGAUUUCCGCUUGCUUUCAAAGUGGUUCAAGUGGCAGAUGGAAACGGCAUUAGUGUAAAAUACAUGACAUACGUUUUUAAUCUGAUACUUUUUUGCAUUUUCAGUGUACAGUAGUUUGAUAACAAGAUGGUAAUUGUAUGUUAUUACUCCUUAAUAAAACUACUUGAUUGUAGGAGUGUUAUUUGAUCACAACACAUUUAAUUUCACUGGUUUAUAAUGCUUGUACAGUUUUUUUUUUUUUUUAAAGAACAUUUUAAAAAUUAUUAUUCAAAUUAAAACCUUUGGGUUACACUAGACAGUCACAUGCAUUAACUGAAGUGUUAUUUUCCACAUGUCCCCCUUUAAAAAAUUGCCGUUUCAGUAAAAAAAAAAAAAGGUAGUUACAGUAGAAGGCAGAGAUGUUUGGUCACAUUGCAUUUGACAUUUAUUUUUUCAUUACCAGUAAUGUGCAGGUGAUCUAGUGCAGUCAGUUUCCAGAUUAGAAUCAUCUUCCUCUCUAACAUAAAAUAUCCCACAGUAUUUAUGGUACAGCUGUUAUUUCCUUAUACUGGCUGUUUUAUUAUUUUGAUUUUUAGUGAUUGUAGCGAACAAAAAAAUCCAUAAAUCUUACCUAUGCAUUUCUGUUUGUUUUAUGGGUCUCAAACAUCCAGUUUUAGAAAGAAACACGUUUUAUAGCCAUGCUUUGAGUUGCAGUAAUUGUACUUGCUUGGUCAUUUCACCUCAAGGGGUAAUUGUACCCACUACUUCAAUGUCUAACCAACCAGUUGCUUUCCCAAUGGACUGACAUGUUUUCAGCCAGAAACAUGCUUUGAUCCAGAAGACAAUGAUCAGAUGAAAGGACCCCAGGAAGUGUAAGUGUAACCGAUAUUCUGAGAAUAAAGCAUAUAAACAGAGAACUUUCUAUAUCUUAAAGCAGUACCAGUCAUGUUUUAAAAUGAAAAUACAUAUUUGCUCUAACGUGUUUCUUUCAAAAUUGCUCAUCUGUGGCCCACGUAGCUAAUUUGAAGUGCAAAACAGGUAAGGUUUAUGGAAUUGUAUUGGUAGCUGCAAUUACUUUAAGAAUAACAGUGAAUAUGGAUUAGUGUAUAUCCCAGCAGCAUUUCAGAAUAAUUGACAACAACAUAUUUGUGUGCCUACUGCUCUCCUAUAUAGGAGCAGGCUGCAUGUCAGCAGAUACAUUGGUAGUAUGAAUGAACAAGGUAUUGCUUACUUGAACCUGUUGUUGUUGUUGUUGUAAAGGCUUCAUCUGGGUAGCAUGCAAUGAAACCAGUAGACAUUGAGCUGGGCAAAAUCCUUCAGAGAUAAAACAGCACACACAUCGCUGGCCUAUUCAUAAAUCAGCAAUUAUUAUUAUUUAUUUUUUUUGCAGCAGCAGCAGAGAGUAAGCUGUAAAUGUAGCUUCAGUUCCAGCUCUAUUAUCUUUUAUUUAAUAUGACUCUGGGCAAAACAUAUUUUCUAACAGUUGCACAAACAACCCCUAAUACUACAAAAGUAACCAUUAUGUAAAAUCCUCACCCCUUAAAUAACAAUACUAAUAUUCAUUAAAAAAAUAAGCUGGUUGUUAUUGUUUGUUACAUAAAUGUGUGGGAGUGGGAAUUCUGUCGUGCAACUUGUCAAGUGUAAGGUAUUGUAUUGGGUUCAGCUGCACCUACAUGUCUUUGAUGCAAGAAUAUUUGACAACACUUGCUGCACAGAUAUACAAGUUAUGCAUCCCCCUAUAUAAUUAACUAAUUUUGCUUCAAAAAGUUGGAAAAAAUCUGCUGAAUGUUAGGUUAACAUAUUGAAUAACAUACCACUUUGUAGUUUUUCAUAUACUUAACUAAAAAGUGACAACAAUUGAAACAUGACAUUUCGAAAUCUAACAUAAAUACAGUACUACAAUUAUGGUUUCUGGUAGACUUUUGCAAUAUCAUUUUGUAGUUUCUUUGAUUACAGGAUGUUAAAUAAAAGAUCUAAAUUAUGUUUUUUAAAAAUAUAUCUCAAUCCUAAAAUUCUAGGCGAUGCAAAACUUUUGGCCAUAGCUGUACAUUAACCCAAACAUGUGAAUUGGUGAUCUUGUGUCCUGAUUUGGUUAAUUGCUGUAAGACUUUGUUUGUAAAGUAAAAAAAAAUAAUAAUAAAAAGCUUUUGAAGAAUUUAUAGAUCUGACUAUUAAAUAUCAAGACAAAAAAAGAAAGAAACAAACAAAAAAUCUUCAGUUCAUAAAUGCAUUUUACAAAAGCUGAAUUUCUUGCAUUAUUUGUCUUUUUGUACAUUAAAUUGC